AUGCUGCUGCUCUCUUUUGCUUCGUCGCACUGCUAUCUAUCCCAGCUUUCUGUUCUCUCAGCCCCAUCCCCAAACGAUCCCGGCGUCGACCUCUGCACCCAAACCGUCCUCGAACCUGGCCACACCGCGAUCACGAUCCUCCUGCCACGCGUCAGUUAUGCCAGACCCCUGGUGGGGCUCGAUCCUGCGCCGUGUCAUCCCAGCUCUGCGAGAGCAGACUCAGAUCCGUCUCGGGAAGAGCCUCAGACGUCGCGCAAGCUCAUCCUGCGCAAGCGCACGACCUCCCCGUACCAAGUCAAGCUCCCGAUGAAGGACCGGUUCCGCGUACCGAACAAGAAGCCCCAGCCGGCCUCCCUCCGGCCCACCGUCCCAGCCGUCCUGCAAUCCUCCGCUAGUCGUCUGAACGCACAAGCGUCCUCCCUGUCGCUCUGUCACCCCCCGCCCGCGGUCAAAAGGCCCGGCGCGAACGCUGGUCUCGCGCAGGCGAACAGGAUGUUGGAGGAGAUGCGGCAGAACGCUUCCCACAAGCCCACACCCGCGCUCGCGACCUAUCCCUCCUUUACGCUGCCGGCGGUCGAUACGUGGACGGAGCUCAAUCGCGACCUGCACGAUGCCCUGCUCGACUUCUCGGACGUAGACACGACCCAGUCUCGCUGUGUCUGGCCGCCGGCGGCACCUGUUCCGAUGCUGUUUGACCCAUGGGUUCUGUGA